AUGGUCUCUAAAUACGCGCGGAGAAGCGGAGGGCUGAUCGCCUGUGUCAUCAUGCCAGUAAACAAGCACAACGGCCUCCUGCUGAUCACUGCCGCAAGUGGCAAACAAGCCACCGGGCUGCUUCCUCAUUUGAAGGACUGGCGCCGUCUACGCCUGCAAGUCAACUCCAAAGCUUCCCGAGAUCGCUUGCAGAAGCAAUGGCCAGAUGCAGAAGUCGUGAUCGCCGACCUGGCAUCUCAAGCGGACUGCGAUCGCAUCCUUGAAGGAGUGACAGCUUGCUAUCUAGUAACGCCCGGCUUCCACGAACAUGAAACUGAGAUGGGUUAUCAUGUCAUCGAUGCUGCUCGCGUGCAAGGUAGUGAUUUCAAGCAUCUGGUAUUCUCUAGUGUGCUUCACUCGUGCGUGCGGAAGAUGAUCAACCAUGAUGCGAAGCGGUAUAUCGAGGAGUAUCUCGUAGAAUCUGGCGUACCAUUUACGAUCCUACAACCGACCACGCUGAUGGAGAACCUUCCUAUCGCUAAGCUGGUCGGAGAGGCUGAGCCGACACAUACUAUGCUCUGGAACCCAAGCACGGUCUUCUCGUUCGUUACGGCGAGAGAUGCGGGUGAAGCUGCUGCGAAUAUCUUCGCCGAGCGGGAGAAACAUCUCUAUGCUUCGUACGAGCUUGUCAGCACGCCGACGCCACACUCAUACAACGAAGCAAUCAGCAUCGUAUCUGAAGAGCUGGGCAAGGAGGUCAGCAUCAAGCAAUUACCCAUUGAGGAAGGAGCAAAGAUGUUCGCCACUAUGCUCAGUCAUGGUGAUAUCAAAGAGGCAGCUUUUGCGAACACGCAAGGUCCGGCGAGGAUGUUCAUGUACUAUAACGAUAAAGGAUUAAUUGGCAACCCAAAUGUGCUUGAAAUGUUGCUGGGCAGGAAACCUAUGGAUUAUCGGGAAUGGGUCAAAGCUAGUAUCGAGGAGGCGAAGGGGGAAGGUCAAGAGAAGACAUCGAUAUAA